AUGAGCACUAGCCGCUACAAGGCAGAGCUCGUAAAGUUCAUGUCGUUCAAGGACGACAAGGAGUACACUGCUAACCACGAAUUCACGCCAGCGGACCUCCUCAGUAUCACGCCUGGACUGCUGUGCCGCUGGAUGAACACGCGGGCCUACGGAGAUUCAGAGCCCAGCGAAGACAUGAGGCCUGUUCACCUUCGGUCGAGCACGCUGGAGUUCGCCAAGAAAGCCAUCUCAGCGUACAUGCCUAGGAUCAACGCACCAUGGGACCCCGUGGCCAUGCAAGGCAAUCCAACACGCUCCGAUGAUGUCAACAAGCUCAUAAAAAGAGUCAAGCGCUUUGAAGUUCGUCGGGAAGGUGCUGAGUCAAAAGCUCGUCGCUCUUUUGAAUUUGAUGAAUUCAUGAACGUGUUGACGCUGGUAAGAUCGCUGCAUUCACGCUCUGAUGAACAACUCAUGGUUAGCAGUGUUUUGACACUGCAGUGGCAUAUUGUUGCUCGCAUCGACGACAUGAUGAAGCUUCAAUUUAACAAUUUCACUCACAACACUCAGUACCCGUCUACUAUUCUAUGUCAAAUGCGAUGGUCGAAAAAUAUAUCCGAAGAGAGAGACGCUCCGGAACAGAUUGUGGUUGGUAGUAUGGAUCCCAGAAUGUGUCCCCUGCUCAAUCUUGCAGUAUACAUCGAGGCAACGGUGAAUGUGGCAAGAUCUUCUUUCUUAUUUGGAAAUCCAAACGAUGGAGAUCGAGUGGUGAGGCGUUUUCUAGCUGACACAAUUAAAAAAUCGGAAUUUAAGUCGUUGAAGACGGGAAAGCUGGGAACGCACAGCUUCCGUAAAGGUGCUGCUACUUAUGCGACUCGUAGUGGCGUCGUCGACGUGUAUAUCGACAACACUCAGCCUUAUCCGGACGCAUGCACCGCCGCAGUCCUUGCUGGUCCAGCUGGACCUUGCUUUUACUCGCUGAAAGAGGGCAUGCGGUGUGUCACUACACCACUUCUCGUCGACGAGAUUGCUCCAACAAUUAAACAGGUCAUGGGAGAGCCAAUAGCAAAAACAUUGGCACAGGUGUUACUGUGGGCUGCGCUGGAGACGGAUUCCAGCUUUAAUUAUUGUCUUCUUCCGGAAAAGCUGAAAAAAAGAAUUUUACGGGCUUACAUUAACGCCGGUGGAAGUACGAAUUUGAAUCCGAUUCAAAGACAAGAAUUUUAUGUCUUGGGGGACGGGUCUCAGCUCAAUCUCGGGACUCAACGUGAAAUGGCUGCUGUACAAUCUCAAAUAGCGUCUGGCCGUCGCUACAUGGCAGAGGUUAUGAAUGAAGUACUGCGGUCCCGAAGCGAGUCACAUCGAGAGAUGCAAAAGAUACAAGCUAUCUUGAGACGGAUAGCCAUGCAGCCACCUAAAGACCUGUAUGAACUUUGGCACGAGUAUCAGCUCGGAUCCGGUGGGCUAAAACCAGCCAAGGAGUUUACAUCCAUUGAGCGAGGCGCAAACAAGUUCGCCUACUCCAGGCGGAAAGUCUUCUGGGAUGUUAUUUCUCAAUUGGUUCGCUCUGGACACACUAGCGACUCUGCAAUAGAUAGAGUGUAUCAAACGUACGGUAGGAAUCUCUCUGUGUCUAGUAUUUUAGUUAAACUUCGUACAGAUCGUAGACGUGGAGGACAUCCAAGUCUGCGAUUGUAG